CAGAGAUCAAACUGUAUACGUUUAUCAUCUACGUAUUUCUACCGUUUUAGACAAUAAUGUUGUGCAUCAGGGCUUUUAGAGGUGGAUGUAGAGGAAGAGAAGCGCCCCAUCCAUUGCCAAAAGUGAUGAAAAAGUUGCUUACUGGAUCAUGGGACAAUGAACUACCUAAAAUAAAGAGAGGAAAUGCAUCUUGGUCAGGUUCACAGCAAGUAUUGGACAAAAACAAUAGUAAUGUAGCUUCGGAAGAUUAUAUUAUGGAAUCAGAUGAAAAUUUAAGUCAUGAGAAACAUGGACCAGUUUGGGCAUGGAAUGAAUGGGAUCCAUUAGAAGAGGUCAUAGUGGGAAAUGUUAAUGGUGCAACUGUGCCCCCAUUCACUGUUGAAGUUAAGGCAAACACAUAUGCAAAACAUUGGGAGUUCUUCAGAAAGCAUGGUGGAACAUCAUUUCCCGAAGGCUAUCUAAAGAAGGCCAAUGCAGAAAUUGAAGAAUUUUGUAAUAUAUUAAAACAUGAAGGGGUAGAAGUCAAAAGGCCCGACAACAUGGAUUUUUCACAAGUUUAUCAGACUCCAGAUUUUGAAUCAUGUGGAAUGUAUGCUGCGAUGCCACGUGACAUCCUUCUUGUAAUUGGAGAUGAGAUAAUUGAAGCCCCAAUGGCCUGGAGAUCCAGGUUUUUUGAAUACAGGGCAUACAGAAGUUUAAUCAAGGAAUAUUUCAAAGGAGGGGCAAUGUGGACAACUGCCCCAAAACCCCAAAUGGCAGAUGAAUUGUAUGAUCAGGUUUACCCUAUCAGGUCUGUUGAAGACAGACAUAGGCUGGCUGCCAAUGGUCAAUUUGUCACCACAGAGUUUGAGCCCUGCUUUGAUGCGGCUGACUUUAUGAGAGCUGGGAGAGAUGUGUUCGUGCAACGAAGUCAGGUAACCAAUUACAUGGGAAUUGAGUGGAUGAGGCGCCACUUGGAGAAAAAAGGAAUUAGACUCCACACAUUAAGCUUCAAGGACCCAAACCCGAUGCACAUAGAUGCCACAUUUAACAUCAUAGGCCCAGGGAUGGUGCUGUCCAACCCUGACAGACCAUGUCACCAGAUUGAGAUGUUUAAGAAUGCUGGGUGGGAUGUGAUCCACCCUCCUAACCCACUUAUAUCAGAUGAUCAUCCUCUAUGGAUGUCUUCUAAAUGGCUGUCCAUGAAUGUGUUGAUGCUUGAUCCCAAGCGUGUCAUAGUGCAAAGUACAGAGACCUCCAUCCGCAAGCUCUUUGAAUCCCUUGGCAUUGAGUGCAUUCCAGUCAACAUUCUCCAUGCCAAUUCUCUUGGCGGGGGCUUCCAUUGCUGGACUUGUGACAUACGCAGAAAUGGAGAGCUAGAGUCAUAUUUAUAGUGAAAUGACAAUGAAUAUUAUGUAAAAAACAUUUGGUACUAUUAAAUUGAUGGUGUUGUAUUCAGCAAAACAGUAACAACUAUCUAAUCCAAAUGUCACUGGGUAUGGCUGAGUGUUCAGAUAAGGCUGCUUACAUGUACAUGUCAAGGUUCUAACAUUUUCCAAGUUCAGAAAUCUGAAGAACAUUCUACAAAACUUACUAGGUUCAUUGACCAUAAAACUUCAUGUUGGUAUAUCAAUAAUGUGAAAAUUAAACUGUAAUUUGAUUCAAAUGAAUGUUAGAAAAACACAUUAUAGGAUUGAGACUGCUCCAUUGAUACACUUUUCUUGUCUAAAAAACCUCUCUUAAAACAUUAAUUCACCACCAAACAUAUGGCUGUAAUCAAAAACCAAAUGGUGACAUGUUUGGUGAUGACAUAAAAUUGAGCAUAGAAGUGCUCACCUCAGUAGGUGUUUGGAUUAAAUAGGUGACAAUGACUCAUUCUUGUCAAUAGAAACACCACGCAAGGCCAUUUUUACAGGAGGUUCUGUGCUUCUACUUAAUUUUGCAUGAAUCACUUUAAUUAGACAAACGUGAAAACAUUAUUGUCCAUUUAAAUAUUUGCCUACCAUCCCAAGGAAUUAUCCAUUACCUAUGAAUUUCAAGAGUAGGCCUACCAUUUAUGUGGCAAAAUUCCAACUUCUGUGUGGAGAAUUUGCAAAUGACAGAGUUCCAGUUCAAAGAACCAUUCUUGAACAACAUUUCAUUUUUAUAAUAAUGACAAUCUCAAAUUCACCAAAUUAAAUCUUGGGCAAAAUGAAGAAGAAGUACAGUUCUUUCAAGUGAUUCAUGUCUCAUAAGAAAAUGUUACUACAUAUACUGUUUAUUGCUUUAUGGCUUGGUGGCUGUUUUGAUUUGGCGGAUUGAUCAAAACUGCCCAAUCCCCAA